GUCGGGGUUCCUCCGCCAAGGCGCCGGCACCCCUGAAGCCAGCGCAUGGCGAGAGCCUCCCGUUCCCACCCUUAGGAGCGGGGUCGGCAGCCACCCUCGGCUUCCCAGCCUGCCCCGUCCCCCUCUCCGUCCCCUCCGCGGCCAUGGCCACCCCGGGACGCCUGGGCUUCACGGUGCGCAGCCUACUGAACUUACCUGAGCAGGACGCGCAGCCCCGGGGGCGGAGCGAGCCGCCGAGCCGUGCGCCUCGGCCCACCGCCUGGCUGGAGCCGGAGCGCAGCCGCUACCCCUCCUCCGACGAGGGCGGCCUGGAGAGCAGCCCCGCGGACUCGUCGCGGCUGCCUUCCCCAGGGCCCGCGUCCCCGGGCUCCGACGCGGAGAGGAGGAGGAAGCGGCGGGUGCUGUUCUCCAAGGCGCAGACCCUGGAGCUGGAGCGGCGUUUCCGGCAGCAGCGCUACCUGUCGGCGCCGGAGCGCGAGCAGCUGGCUCGGCUGCUGCGCCUCACGCCCACGCAGGUCAAGAUCUGGUUCCAGAACCAUCGCUACAAGCUGAAGCGCGGCCGGGCGCCGGGGGUCGCCGAGUCGUCCGACGUGGCGGCGCCAGCUGAUCCGCUCGCAGCUCCCGGCCUGCUGAGCCGCGUGGUGGUGCCCGUGCUGAUGCCCGACGGGCCGCCGAGCAGGGGUGAGGGGACGGCUGGGCUGGCCCAGGACAAGCGCGGCGGACGCCUGGCCACCUCGUGCCUGCUGCCCAGCUACGCCGCCUUCGGGCCGGGCUCGACGCUGGGGCUCUUCCCUGCCUGCCAGCACUUAGCGCCCCCCACUCUGGUCUCCUGGAACUGGUGAGGCUGCCGCCGGGAGCCCGGAGCCAGCCUGGAUUGGGGCCCUGCCGCGGGCCCGGAGCGAGCAGGCGGUCCUCUCGGGACUCUCAGGAGUCCUUCCUGCGCCCUGCGCCCUGCGCCCUGCGCCCCUGGCUUUCCCUAACCAGCAUUUGCAAAGACUCGCGCAGGGGACUCUCUCCAAGACUCCCUCCCGGUUGUUCCCCCACCGCAGAUCCCAGAGCUAGAUUUUAUUUCUUGAGCCUUAUUUGUAUAUUUUUUUAAUAGCGAGCUGUAUGAAGCGACUUAUUUUUUA